AGUUCUCUCCGUUUUGGAUCAUUCGGAUGGCGUCGACCGAGGCAGUAACGCAAGUGCGUGUGGCAAAUCUUUGCUGUGCGCUGGAGGCCAACUUGGUGCACGACGUGUUGGAGCCUCAGGCAGGAGUCAGAAGGAUCGUCGUAAACACGGUUACCAAAGUCGUAACUGUGGAGCACGAUAGCGGACAGAUCAGUGCUGUGGACUUAUGCAAUCUCCUCAAUGCAAAAUUACUCGGAGCCUCGCUGAUUCACACCGGCGCCGAAGGCGAAGCUUCGGAGGAAGCAGCUAUCGGACGAAUGCGCUACCAGGCUUGGCUCGAGGGUUUCGUCAUUGCAGUCCAAAUUGGAUCACUUUGUUGGGGUGCUGCGAUUCCUCUUGUUAUUGGCUUCUGCCUUUCCUUUUCGCUUUUCCUGGGUGCUGGGCGAGCUCUGCUGAUGAAGAAGUUCACUGAUGUGUCGGUCCUCAUGCUGCUAGCUGCUGUAGGAGCAGCUAUCAAUAUGCAAUGGACGGAGGCAGUCUUGGUCGGUGCUAUAGUCAACGGCUCCGGCUUGAUCCAGACAUGCAUGAGUCUUGUUGUUACGAAGUCCCUUGCGGAGGCUUCAGCUUCAGCGGAAGGCUCCGUGGCUGUCUUGGCCGGAUCGAGGAAAAUGGUCGAAGUGGGUGCAUUACAGGUUGGCGAUCGCAUCUUACUCCGCACUGGUGACUCAAUUCCUGUAGAUGGAGUAGUGGUCGAGGGCACUGCCAGUGUCGAUGAGAGUCGACUCACAGGAGAGUCCAUUCCUGUCUACAAGACUACGGGCUCCAAAGUUUUUAGUGGCACACUGAUCGUUCAGGGAGCUCUGCCUAGUGUGGAGGUCAGCGGCAGAGUUGGGCGUACCCAGAAGGUUACCGAUCUGAUACAGGAAGCUGCUGGUCAGCGCACUCCUCUCCAGGACUCAGUCGAGACUUUUGCAAAGUAUUAUACACCAUUAGUGGUCUUGCUCUCAUUCAUAACGGGAGUCUACUGCUGGUCACUAGAGCGUGGCGUCAUUGUCCUUGUUGCUGCAUGCCCAUGCAGUAUAGUCAUGGCUGCUCCUGUUGCAUACAUGACGGCAAUCGUAACCGGACUUCGGCAUUAUUUUGGUACUGUGAUCAAGUCGCCCUCUGUUAUUGAGAGCUUAGCCAAGCUCGAGCUCGUCGCCUUCGAUAAGACUGGCACUUUAACACAGGGCGAACAUCGCGUCACGUCAAUAGAACUUUUCCCCGCAGCUGAGGGUCUCGGGGAAAGAGGAGCCUUGAGACUAGCAGCAGCUGUCGAGUCGCUGAGUCACCAUCCGCUGGCCAGCGCUGUUGUCAACUACUACACGGGUAGCUCGUCCUCGUUGCCUUCGGUUGAAAACUACAGAACGCUGGACGGCAACCUUGGGGUCGCUGGAUCGGUCGAAGGCAAAGAAGUUAUGGUCGGCGGUCCUGCUAUGUUGGAGAGUUUCCGAAUCCCUUCCGAGAAAAUCUCAGGAGGGGCAGUUGCCUCAAUCUUCGUUGUUAUCGACGGCCAGGUCGCCCUCUGUCUGCAGCUGCAGGAUUGUGUUCGUCCGGGUGCCCUAGAAGCGCUGAAGGCUUUGAAGAUACCGACUUGCAUGCUCACGGGAGAUACAGUUCCCAUUGCGCAACACGUUGCUGCAGAGCUCGGUAUCGACAACUGCAAGGCUAAUUUACGCCCACAGGACAAGCUAGACUUUGUGAGAGAUUAUCAGUCAUCGGACCCGAAGGCGUUGCCUCUUACACAUCCCAAAAUGGGUGCAAAAAUAGCACAUCCCGUCAUGAUGGUUGGUGACGGCCUCAACGACGGCCCGGCCCUGGCCCUCGCAGCUGUCGGAGUCUCGUUUUCCAGCCCUUGUAAAGCUGUUUCAGAGAAGGCGGCUGACAUAAUCAUCACGGACCCGAAUCGCGGUCUAUUCCUGCUUGGUCAAAUUGCUCUACUCGGCUCACGCGUGCGCAAUGUCGUUCGCGAGAAUUUGACUAUCGCUCUGUUCACGAAGGCGCUUGUCGUUAUCGUUGGCGCUGCGGGGUAUAUCCCUCUAUGGGUGUCCGUGGUGUCGGAUGGGCUGUGCUUGUUCUUGGUCAUGGCCAAUGGUGCUCGUCCGCUGAGCUGGAGGCCGAAUAACACGGCUAUAAUGGACAAAUUUGCUGAGGAGGCGACGGCAGUUCGGUCUUCAGCUGUGGCGAAAUCUCCUACGAGAAAGACUCUUCACUCGCCCCGAUAUGGGGAGCCGGGCUUCAGCUCUGUACAAAUGUGCAAGAAGCAAUGCUGCAAUAGCUCGAAGAAGACACCGUCCACGGAUGCUUGCAAAGCGGGAUGCUGUAGCGGCCAGAAAAGGACAGUGUCGUCCGAAAUGCGCCAACCCCAGCCUGUAAAUAGAGACCGAGGCCUCGAAGAAAAGUCAGGGCGAUCCUCUUGUAUCGUUCAAUUGCCUGACUCUGCAGCUGAACUAGCCACCGAAUCCUGUUGUUGCGUCGAUGCUCAAGCCGGAUCGAAGUGAGCGAGGAACUUCGCUAGCAGUCUAAAGAGGCGCGGCUGUUCCCGAACGAAGAGGAAUGGAGAAAAAAACUCGCUUGUACAAGCUAUGACAAAGGCAGAGUUCUCGAUGAAUUCAAAGAUCAUCGGUCAUCUGUCAAUCACGUUUGG